CACGCAGUCCGAAACCAGCUCAUAAACAUGGCCAAAGCAAAACCAUCCCUCUCCUUCCUCUUCCUCUUCCACAUCCUCUUCUUCACAGCGCUCCUCGAACCGUCCAACUCUCAGCCCGCGAAAGCUCCCAGCACGGACUUCAUCAAGUCCUCCUGCAGGUCCACCCACUACCCGGCGCUCUGCGUCCAGUGCCUCUCUGGCUACGCCGCCUCCGUCCAGCAGGACCCCCGCCAGCUCGCCCGGGCCGCUCUCCAGGUCAGCCUCGCCCGGGCCAGCGCCGCCGCAUCCCACAUCGGGCGCCUGUCCCGGCUCCGGGGCAUCACGCCCCGGGAGUCCCAGGCCGUGCAGGACUGCGUCCAGAACGUCGGCCACAGCGUGAGCCGGCUGAGCCAGGCGAUCGACGAGCUCGGCCAGAUGGGAGGCCAGGCGGCCGCCGCCGCGGCGUUCGAUUGGCACAUGAGCAACGCGCAGACGUGGGUGAGCGGGGCCCUCACCGACGAGAACACGUGCCUCGACGGGUUCGCGAGGCCCGGCAUGGACGGGGCCGCGAAGAAGGCGGUGCAGGGGCAGGUGCUGCAGCUGGCGCAGGUGGUGAGCAACGCUCUGGCCCUCGUGGACAGGUACGGGUCGAGGCACCGCGGGGCCAAAGGGCAGCCGUAGAUCUGGGCAUCACGGUGGGAAGGCAAGGUCGGGGUCGACCCUGAAAGAAACGAUAGUUCUGAGAAAUGUGUAAAUGGCGAUGAGAAAGAGGACUAGUUAUAUAAGAUGUAUAACAUAUGCAGGAACGUAAGAAGUUCUUCUGUCGCAUGUUGAGAUUUCGAAUGUAAGAAGUUACUGUGAAAUAUGUGAAAUGGAAGAAGAAAAAAAGUGGUGUUUGCUCU